AUGGUGAAGGCAAGAAAAUACGUUGUGAAGAAUUAUUUUAAAGGCGCUCCAAAACGGAACGACUACCAAUUGGUGGAGUAUGAACUGCCAGCACUUCAAGAUAAAGAAAUACUUAUCAAGGUUGAAUGGAUAAGUGUCGACCCAUAUCAGCGCGUUUACAAUUCCUUAAAAGAUGUUCCUUACGAUCAGUUCGGAUUUCAAGUGGGGACGGUACAAGAAAGUAGGGAUAGUAAUUUCCCCAUUGGAACGCAGGUGGUAUCACAUAAAGGUUGGUCUGACUAUACCAUUGUUAAAGACGUUGCAGCAAUGGGCGCUUUACGAGAAGUUUACAAACUGCCUGAUAUGAAAGGUCUGUCACCUUCACUAGGAGUUGGUGCGGUGGGCAUGCCAGGCGCCACUGCUUAUUUCGGCUUUUUAGAAAUUUGUAAACCUGAACGCGGUGAAACAGUUGUUGUGACAGGUGCUGCUGGGGCUGUUGGAUCUAUCGUGGGUCAAAUAGCACGAAUCAAAGGCUGUAAAGUUAUUGGCUUUGCCGGAUCUGAUUACAAAGUACAAUGGUUAGAAAAAGAACUUGGUUUUGAUAAAGCUUUUAAUUACAAAACUGUCAAUGUGACUAUAGCUUUGAAAGAAGCGGCUCCGAAUGGUGUCGAUUGUUACUUUGACAACGUCGGUGGUGAAAUAAGCAGCAUAAUUAUUAAUCAAAUGAAUAAAUUCGGAAGAGUUGCAGUAUGUGGAAGUACAAGCUCUCUCAACGAAGAUGCGGCAAGGCUACCAAAAGCAACAAUAUUACAGCCAUCUAUGGUGUCCAAUCAACUUAAAAUACAAGGAUUCUUAAUCUGGGAGUGGUUUAGUCGUUGGCCUGAAGCCUUUUCUCAGCUUAUACAAUGGAUCAAAAGCGGGGAACUUAAAGCUAGAGAACAUGUGACGGAUGGGUUCGACAAUAUUUUUGAUGCCUUUAAUGGAAUGCUUGCAGGCGAAAACACGGGGAAAGCGAUAGUUAAAGUG